AUGCCCACCUUGUCCGGGGCGAUGAGGCCUGCUGUCAAGGUAGGGAAAAGCAGGGAGCGGCUGGCUUGCUCAGCAUGUCGAGACCGGAAGCUUAAGUGUGACCGAAACACCCCCUGUGGCUCCUGUGUGCGCCGGAGAGAUGCAGCAUCCUGCUCGUACGAACCUCCUGGCGAUAAUUCGGGGCAUAGCCGUCAGCACCAGGCACAUGCAGAGACACGCCUUGAACGCUUGGAGCAGCUCGUCGAGCUCCUAGCGGGACAGCGUACCAACAAUACCUCUACUGCAGCAACAGAAAUCACUCCGCCCGGCAUGGUAGCGGAAGAGCCAAGUGCUGAAGCAAAUACUGGCAGCACGGCAUUGACUCUGGAUGUUCCCCAGCUAUCUUAUAGCGGUACCACACAUUGGUUAGCCGUGUUGGAGGACAUACAAACUCUCGGGCCUACGCCACAGUCCUCGGCGGGCGAGGUUAUAGAUACUGAGACCGCCGGCGUUUCUCCAACAGAGACUGGACUAGGCGUUAUGUUCGGCGCUGGCGCCUUACACUCUCGUAGCGUCGGAGAAGUCCUGAAUAGGCAUCUUCCAUCACGAAGAGACACGGACCGUCUAGUCUCUACAUUCUUCCGGACCCGGUCUUAUAUCAUUCCAUUCAUACAUUCUUCGCAGUUCCUACGUCACUACCAUGAUUUCUGGACUAAUCCUGGCGAAAUGUCACCUCUUUGGGUUUCGAUUCUCUUCUCGAUUCUCUACAUCGCUGCUAAUAUUACUAAACCUGAGGGAGAAACCGAGAGAGCCGGGCGUAAAUUUUCAGAUGCUGCCGCCCAGUGUCUAAUUCUAGGCGAAUAUUUCCGUCCCAAGGCCUUCGUUGUCGAAGCACUCUUGCUCUAUAUCCAGUCACUAUAUAUUACUUCUCUGGAGCUUCCCCCAGAGCUAGGAUCCAUUCUUGGCCUCGUUAUUCAUCUCGCAACUAUAUCAGGCUAUCACAGAGAGAGCAUGACAGCCAAUUGCAGCCCCUUUACAAAAGAGAUGCGCCGAAGGACCUGGUCCGUAUGUGUGCAGCUCGAUCUCCUGGUAUCUUUCCAUAUGGGCCUUCCGUGUAAGACUCGGUUCUCGGCUGCGGACACACAUAUUCCUAGCAAUCUUCUCGACUUCGAUUUUGACGAGGAUAGUAUUCGACUGCCUGUUCCCAGGCCAGACAAUGAGUUAACCGGAGUCUCAUUUUGCAGCAUCAAACACAGAUUUGUACCAGUAUUCGAGAAGAUCCUCCACCAUGUGUUGACGGCUCGUACGCAUAGGGCAACAGACACUGAGGUAGAUUCUUUAGACGGUGAGCUCAAAGAUGUCUACCGCAACUUACCGGAAAUCUUUCGCCCGCAACCUAUUGCCAACUCUGUUGUUGACCCCCCAAGCCUCGUCACUACUCGUCUUUGCAUUUCGUUCAUGUAUUACAAGUGUAUCUGCGCCUUGCACCGCCCGCAUGUUACGAGCCUUCGGUUGAACAGUAUACAAGAGUGCUACACGGCAUCAGUUGCUCUCAUACGGGAUAUCACGUAUUUAUACGCAGAGUGUAGACCCGGAGGCCAAUUCGAUACCGAGGAGUGGUUCAUGAAGAGCAUCACCUGGUGCGACUUGCUGCUCGGCGCUACUACUCUCUGUCUUGUGCUCUGCACAACGAGCCAAAAAGCCGGAGAAUAUCGGAUUGAUGAGCCUGGGGCAUUGGCUCUGUUGGAAGAAGCUAGAGGAGUGAUCAAUGCCGAGCAAGCAAAAGGUAAUAAAAAGGAUAGCACGAGAGUUUUGUCCCUUGUCAAUGCCACGAUUUCACACAUCGGGAGACAGGAUAACAAUGAAACUACAUCACUAGUGGCUGGCUUGCCUACUUUUCCGUCAAUCAACGUCGAACAGGCAUCUCAACAGGAGGAUUGGUGCUGGACUAGGAGCGAGACCAACGCGCACAAUGAUACCUCCUGGGCUUAUCUAGAGUGA